UGGCCACCAACCACCACCAUAAAAUCAAGGUUUCAGACUCAUAAAUCACCUUCAACCACCGCGCCUCCGCCACCAUAAAUCACCUUCAACGAACGUCAUCAAUCAUGAGCGACCGGACUUGGCCUAACCGAUCAGAAGCCUCUCAUUUCUUAACUCUCCCUUUCCCUAUCAAAAAUCCGAUCAGAAAACACGAAAACACUUCAAAAUCGACCGGAAUCCAGCAAUUCCGACCAUCUUCAUCCUCACGGCGGUCGGAUCAGCACCGUGACUUUGCAGCGCUACCUAAUGACGUGUUGACUAAAAUUGCUGCCAAUUUCAGCCUUCCGCACCUACAGACAGCUUCGUUGGUUUGCAAAUCAUGGAGAGACGGACUCCGGCCGUUGCGAGAAGCGAUGCUGUUUCUCCGAUGGGGGAAACGGUUCAAACAUGGCCGAGGCGGUGUGAAGCCGAACCUUGAGAAGGCGUUAGAAUCGUUUUUGAAAGGAGCUGCGCGUGGAUCAACUCUGGCUAUGGUGGAUGCAGGAUUGGUUUAUUGGGAGAUGGGGAAGAAGGAAGAAGGUGUGGCUUUGUACAGAAAGGCUGCCGAGCUCGGUGAUCCUGCUGCACAGUGCAAUUUGGGGAUUUCGUAUCUUCAAGCUGAACCACCUAACAUGAAGGAAGCUGUUAAAUGGUUAUAUCAAGCGUCUGUUGCUGGUUAUGUCCGCGGCCAAUACCAACUUGCGCUUUGUCUACAUCGCGGUGGUGGGAUGAACCAGAAUAUGUCGGAUGCGGCAAGAUGGUAUUUACGAGCUGCAGAAGGGGGAUACGUGCGUGCUAUGUAUAAUGUAUCGUUGUGUUACUCUUUAGGCAUGGGGGUAUCUCAAAACCAUCGACAAUCUAGGAAAUGGAUGAAGCAUGCCGCCGAUCAUGGGCAUAAAAAAGCUCAGUUUGAGCAUGGACUCGCUCUCUUUUCGGAAGGGCAGAUGAUGAAGGCGGUAGUGUACCUGGAACUGGCGGGUCGUGGCGGUGAGACGGCGGCAGCUCAUGUGAAAAACGUCAUUCUUCAACAGCUCUCACCACCUUCUCGAGAGCGCGCCUUUAGACUUGCUGACACAUGGCGCGCUCUUCCAUCAUCUCGUUGAAGCCGCCCUCUUUGUGUUCAGAAACUUAAUCAAAACGAAAGGUUUUUGUUUAAGAGAGAAUUUCAUUAACCUGAGCCUAAGUUGUGUUCUUCAACUCUCAAUCUGUAUAUUGCCAUUUCCAUUUCAUCCUUUUUUUCAACUUUGCAACUACUCAAUCAGGAACCCUUUUUAUUUAUGUUCUGUGUUUAGACUUUUUGGCUUCAAUUUCACAUAAUCCAGUCAUAUUACUCAAACUCUCCUUUGUUUGGUUUGAUGAAAUGGUUUUGAAGGAUUUGGAUUGAA